AUGGAAAACCUAGACCAAGAAUUUGAUCUCUCCCAGUCGAUUAGUUCUGUUGCAACCUUAAGAGAAACUUUUAAUACCAAUAAUGUACGAAGUUCUUUAAAUGAAAUAAUGGAUGCCACAACAGGUAUUGAACAAGAAAAUGAAAAGUACUUGGAAGAGGAAGAAGAAAUACUUCUUCAACUUAAGAAUAAAGUUAAUAAACAGAAAGAAACCGUCGAGUCAUUAAAUAAAGAGUUGCUUAAACUUAAAGAGGACACUGAUACAAUUCUACAACAAGAUAAACUGGUAGAUUUAGUAUCUGAAUUGGAUAUUAUCGAGAAGAAAAAUCUUCAGCUGAAAAAUGAUAAUGAUAAAAGGAUAAACGAAUUAGCUAUCCAAUACAAUGCUGAAGCUGAUAAUACUAAACACCCAAUUGAUACCAUAAAUCUGAUUGAUAGGGAUGAAAAUGAAGAGACUAAAAAGAUGUUAGAAGAUCCUGUAUCAAGGGCUAAUAUCUUAAAACUGAAAUUAUUUAGGUCAUUAGGUGUAGUCAUUGAUGUGAAGGCCGAACAAGUAUUUAUCGAGGAAUCUGAUAAAAUAGACGUGCUGAUGUUGAAUGAUGGUUACAGUAAUUACUUCAAGACCAAAUAUAUAUGGGAAAGGAUUAAGAUGAAUAAAGAUUUAUUAGGUGCGGUAUGA